GGGGGCUUGUCUGUGGGGUUUGCGGCUCUGUUACCCUCAGCAGACUUGCAGUUAUUUUGGAAACUCCCAUCUCUCCAUGGUCUUCUCUUCAGUGAUGUGUUUACUUUCUUUUUUCGGUGUGGUCAAACACUUGUGACAAAUGGCUUUUUGAUCCAUGGAUGUGGACAUUCCUUUCCUGUCUGUACACAAGACGUUCUGUGUGAAUAAAUUGGGUUUGCAUGAAAAGACGGAGUAACGGGUGGAAACAAAGGCUCUGCAUGUUUUGACUCAGAGCACGGUGAUGAUCUCAGACUGGUCUCAGCACUUUCAAAGGGAGCUUGUGGCUGCUGCAUCUUUGUUUGUCAGUAGGCGAUGGAGCCGGAGAACAUGACACUGACGCUGGAUUGAAUGAGGGUUAAAAAUUCAACAGAAACAGAUGGAGCAGUAUCUGGCGUUCAAAUAAUUUAAAGAGGGGUUCAGAUAAUGAAUCUCAAGUGAUCAAUAUGGAUACUUUAAGAAACAAGAAAAAACCAUGGGUGCUUUAUGAGACAGAGGUGCCACACAGCAGGUUUGGUGAUCCGGCCUGUGGAGUCGGCCCUGCAGAGAAACUGAGCCCUGAGCACCUGCAGCUUCUGAGAAAUGCAUUUACCUCUCCAAAAGCCGGAGUACAGAUACAUGAAAACAGACCUAGUGGAAGGAGUGGAAAGAACAGAGGAGGAAAUGAGGAGCGGGGGAUGAAGCUCGAAGAGUUUCGGGAGGUUUUGAGGUCGGUAAUUGGUCCAGAUAUCGAGGACACGUGGGUUGAGAGAUUUUUCAGUGAGGUAGAUAUCACUUGUACAGGACAGGUGAGGUGGCAGCAGUUGUGUUCCUACCUGCUGCUGGAGUACACGGAGAGACAGCGUGCCUCCAUCCCCACAGCUGCUCUCCUGGACUCCCAGCCUCAGAUCAGACACUGCUCUCACAACAAGCGGGAGCCGACAGUGCGUGUGGUCACUGUUUCCCAUCCUCCUCCACUGCGAUAUAUAAGUGUCAGUAAAGGGGGUCAGAUCACUGUCUGGAACAGCAGCCUACACAUCCUCAAAACUGUCGGGCUUGCUGGAGACCCAACAGAGGAAGUGGCCAACACAAGGAGGUUCAGAGGCUGGACCACUGAUGCGGUGUAUAUGGACAACGUCCGCAAGGUUGCCAUAGCAACCGACUGCAGGGAUUUGCACUUUGUCGAUGUCUCCACAGCCGGUGUAUUUGAGGAUGUCCACCUAUUUGGUUUUCGUAGUGUCCCCACCGCUCUUUGCUACUGGCACGAUGAACAGUGUCCAGAGCGUUCCCCGCCCCUGCUGCUGCUGGGGGAUGAAAAGGGAGGAGUCCACCUGAUGUGGUUCUUGAAUCCGUCUAAAGGUCUUUUUAAGAAUCCCUCCAAGAAACAGAACGGCCCACACAGGAUCUUUUUCCCAGACCUAGGUGAACACAGCAACAUGGUCUCCUACCGUCACAUCCCCAACAUCCACCAGGAACCAAUCAACAGAGUGAUGUUUGAGCCCAGUACCAAUGUCAUCAUGACAUCCUCAGAAAGUGACACCACCUCUGUGGCCUUUGUGAAUGUGACAGUAAAGCGGGAACCGUACAUCUGGAAAAUUAGUCAGGGAGCCAAAUGUUUUGACUACAAUGCAUCUCUGCAGUUGAUGGUCACGGGAGGUUGUGACCGAGCAGUCAGACUGUGGACUCGAUUUGUGACCACACGUCCUGUAGCUACACUGCCAGGUCACCGCGCCACUAUUUUGGAUGUUGCAAUCUACCAACCUGUUGGGCAGAUCUUCAGCUACUCCAGAGAUGCUGAGCUGAGGGUUUGGGACAUUUCCUCACAUCACUGUCUGAAAACUGUCCGCCUGCAGUUCCCGUGCCUGCAGCCAGGUCGAAUCUCAGAACACGGCAACUUCCCUUUCCUGUUGCUAAGCCCUCCUCUUCCUGAAGACGCACAGCCUCAUUUAGUGGUGGGAUGCAAAGAUUACCUGGCGCUGCUCAACCUGGCCGAAACGAGGAGAGGAGGGGGCGGAGGGUUCACAAAUGAAGGAAGGGAAUUUGGACCAGAAAUCCAAAGCGGUCCGGCCCUCUCCUGUGCUCUGUACAACCCCACCCUGAGACAGGUGGUGACCGCACAUGCCAACUCAUCUGUGUCUCUGUGGGAUGUAGAGACAGGUAGGAGGCGGCUUCAGAUCUUAAAUGCUCAUGGAGAAGCUGAACUCCUCUGCAUGGCACUAGACUCCUCCCACAGAAGACUGAUCACUGGGGCUCGCAACGGCACCGUUAAGGUGUGGAAUUUACUGAAUGGCCUUAACCUGCACAAGCUGGAGCCUGUCACCAACUCUGAAGUCACCAGGUUGACCUGUCUCCAUGACAACAAGCUGCUGGCUGUGGGAUGGAGCCAGCGGAUCAUUCAGUAUGACAUUGCAGCAGCCAAGGACCUGUAUGUGAGAGCAGACCUGUCGUGGAAGUCCAGCGGCGUCCAUAAGUCGGACAUCCUGGUUGUGUGUCAGUGUUAUGCUCUGGGGGUCGUUGCCACAGCGAGCCAUGAUGGAGAGGUCAUCGUCUGGAGGCUGGAGACGCAGGGACCACUGCUCCACCUGCAGAGAGAGAGGCGGGCGGGAGUCGUGCCUCCUGUGGACAGUCUCUUGUUCCUGCAGCAUCGAGCUGGCGACAGAAAGCUGAGGAACAGAGGUGUCCUGGUGUCAUCACAGGCCGGCCGUCUGUCCUUUUGGAGUAUCACUGGACAAACACACACUUAUGGUCAGUUUUAUGCUCCAGAGCAGCCGGGUGUGCGUGUGCUGAGCCUGAGCUCGGAUCAGUCGAAAAACACCAUCCUGGUCUCUGGAGACACAACAGGCUGGCUUCAGAUCUGGGACAUGUCUCACUAUGCACUGGACAUCCAACAUAAGUCGGUUUGUGAACGGCCUGCGCUGCUGCAGCGUUGGAAAGCACAUAAGAGAGGGUUAGUGAGUGUGGAAGUCCUGGAGGAGGCCGACAGACUGCUCGUCCUCACAGCCUCGGCUGACGGUUCAGCUGGACUGUGGACAAAGGACGGUGAUCAUGUGGGAUCUUUUGGACAGGAGGUGAUGUGGAAUAUCACCGAUGCAGCUGCAUACCAGAGGGAGACACAGAACCACCGGAGGGAGGAUACAGAUGAGGAGGUGGGGGCUGAAAGUGACGGAGCGGGACCCAGCAAGGUCAAAGGUCAAGUACUCGACUCCACCAACAGUCAAACUUCACAGGAAGAAUGCAGUUCUGAAGCUUCAUCCACCGGCCCAGCAGAGACUGACCAGGAGCAACCUCAGCAACCCAUGUAUCUGUGUGAGGACUUCUGCCAGACGGUAGCUCCAUGUUGCCACAGGAGACGCCUGUUUGAUGACAGUCACCACAGCAAUCACUGCUGAUUGGCUCAGUUCGCCUCAUCAGACUCUGGAGAUGCCUCCAAUGCAGCUUUACCAAUAAUCCCCCAGGUGUGGUAUCAGACCGGCAACACGAAUCUCUGCGGACGAAAAUACAGACAUGGAUGCGUUUUUUCCCUUUUCCUCUUAAUUAAUGAAGUCGUCUUGCAACUGUAAAUUGAAUCUGUCUGUUUAAAUAUGUGAAAUAAAUACUGUGAUUUGCAUGUCCCUGUUGUAUUUGUGCAACAGCGGCUUCACAUUACACUGAUUGUUGUAGUUCUUUUAUCAGCAGAGUAAAAUUUCCUGAUAUUUGAGACUUCUGGGUCAUCCAGACAGACAUGUAGACAGACAGACAUCUGAGCCAUCUCACCCACUUAUCUGAACACAAGCCACCCUGUACUUAUCAUCACAGCUCUGCUGAAUUGCACAAAUUGGUGACGCAAGACUCAGUGCCCUAUUUUUGUUUGUUUUCUUCCCAUAUUUGAUUUUGAAACCUCUUUGCAUGUGCUCGCCCGCUCAUCCCUAAAAACCGGGUUAUUUUAAGCACCGGUCUGGAUGUUUUAGCAGGGCAGGAAGCGAGCACAGUGCCCUUUCUCCAGUUUGUUUCUCAGGGAUAAAUACAGACAGACACAGCUGGGACAAACAGGGUAAGUCAUCGGGACUGCACUUUUACCCCCUUGGGCACUUGUAAGAUAACACAGCAUUAUUGAACUCCACCAAAUAUUUUAUGUUGCCAGAAAUAUCUUCUUUCUGCCGAUGAAUACAAAUAGUUUCCUCUUAAGCGAUCACAUUUUCAACCAAAAGUGCAUAUCUUUACCUUUUGUUAUGCAGUGGAAUAAAAACUAAAUGACACACUCAUACAUACUUGAGCAUUUCUCAGUUCGUUGUCCCUGCAGGGCUAAAGCGGGAGAUUUAGUUGUUUUUUUUCUUCUUCUUUUUGCUUUAAAAGUCACUUUGAAAAAAAAAAGUUUUAAAAGACCAAGUACAACAGACAGAAAGUUAAAAUGGAAAGCUCAUUCAAUUGUGAAAAAUGUGGCCUCUGCCUGUCUAAAAGCUGAUUUGUGUUAAAAGAAGAACAAUAUCUUCUUGUUUUUGUAGCUGGGGUUUUGCAAGGAGAAGUGUGUAAGUGUGUGUGUGUGUGUGUGUGUGUGUUUGAUGGGGGGGGGGCAAAACAGAAGCUCUGGCUAAAUGGCAGGUUUAGCCUUCCUUUCACUAAUUUCCAACAUCAGUAGAGGCUUCUCUCAGCCUGUUUUCUCUUCAGAGAGGGUAAAACACCCUGGAGAGCAACUCCCAGACAUUGACGCGUAAUUUUGUCAGAGUUCCAUGUGCGUGCACACACACACACACACACGCGCACACACACGCGCGCACACACACACACACACACACACACCCAAACAGACGACAGAUGUUCCAAAAUACCACAGUAACAACAGCGCAGAUGCAGGCUGGGAAAUGCCCUGUAAGAUCCUCAUUGCCUCCCUAUAAAGCUGCUUAGGGCUUUUAGAGCCGACACGGGCAACAUACAGCGAUCGUAAUUUAUGCAGCACACUGUAUGUUUUCACAGGAAUCAGAGAGGGGGAGAGUAAAGAAAAGGUGGCCUGUGAACGAAGGGAGGUGUUAUUUUUCCCUGCGUGUUUCCUCAUUUGAAGUUGUGCAAGAACUUGUAUUUUUUUAUUUUUUUUAUUUAUUUUUUUUUUCUUUCUUUUCCAGCACUGCCUUUUCUGAACUUGUGUCUCUCUGUAGAUCAGCGUGACAGGGAGAAAAGUGAGGGAUUCAUGUGUGGGAACUGCAGCAGGAAGGAAAGUGCAGCUGGGAGAUUUGCCUGGAGCGAGACAGACUGGAGGUCUGUGGCGAAAAAAGGCAGAGAAAGGAAAAGAGGAGGACGGAGAGAGGUAGAGAAUUGACAGAGGAGCGAAGGAAAUUUGAAGCAGGGAUGAGAUGAAGCUUGGGAUGGGAGGAGGAGAGAGGAUUUGAUGAGACGGAGGAGGAGUGAGAGUGGACUUUACUUAAAGAAGGAAACAGACAAGAGGAUGACAGAGGGAAGGAAAUCUCGCCCCCCCACCCCCAAAAAAAGGGGAUGUCGAGACAAGUCGCACUCAACACACCUCUACACAAGCACCUGUAAAUCUGCACAUGCCCGCCAGAAAUCUGUGAGGAAGGCAGCUAGUUCACACACACACACACACACACGUGAAUGAAAACUGGACUUGGACCUUCAAUUGCACGCACACGCACACACACACACACACGUACGUUGCAUCAGAGAGGAUUCGUCAGCUGGAGGUGGUUUCAUUCAG